AUGGGUUUGGGUCCUGAGCAUCCAGGGAGAGUUAGAGGUGUUGGGGCUAGGAUUUCCACUAGGCAAUACUUCAAUUUACCUAGACAACAGAGGGUAAAGUUUGCCGAUCAAGUAAAGGAAAGUGUAAGAGAUGUCCUCAGAGAAGAGACCUUGAAGAUGGAGGCUAGAUCAAGAGAAGAGACUUUGAAGAUAGAGGCUAGAACCAAGCAAUUAGUAGAAGCUGAGAGGGAGAAUUUACUGAAUCAGCUGCAACAACCAAUUCCAAAUUUUGAUCUAAGCGUGCUGAAACUAACAACUAUCCAAGGUCCAGAGCAAAGUCCCAAAAAUCCAAUGUCAGAUAAAGCAAGCUGCUCUGGGGCGCUUGAUGUCAAAGCUCUCAAUUUUGAGGAUGAUAAUGCCAAAGAUGGAGAAAAGCAACCAAAAUGGUAA